AUGGGUAGUCAGGCCUCUCUCAGAGUCAUUUCUAUCGAGGCAAACUCCCUUACUAGCUCAGUCAACCUGACCACAGUGAACACCUUUGGUUCAUAUGGGUUUGGUAACGCCGAGGGUGUAGCGGAAGCUUCCCACCUGGUGGUGAAGCCCCAUCAGUGCCACUAUUAUGGCGGCCGAGCUCCUGGGUACCCGGAACCAGGGUUUUGGGGUAACGUGCGCUUCCCGAUGAUCGAGAAUCUAAACACCGAUGGUGGCUGGACGGCAAUGCCUCGAGGAGAACAAUUUGACGAGAGGAUUAGCCAUCUUCACAAUCAGCUCUGGAAGGUCAUCUUCGAGACCCAGAAUGUCAUUCUCAAUGUCGACAAGAUCUCCAAAGCAUGGCCCGGAAAUGACAAGCCCUCCCCCAAAGUCAUCCAGAGACACCUGGAGCGAGUCCGCAAAAGCGGAAGUGGAAUCAGCUUUCAGACAAGCCAGAAACGAGCUGGCGCUAAGCAUGGAGCUAGUACUCCUCGUAAGAAGCAUAAGAGAGCUGCCAAGAAGGUGGAAGAGACCUCCGAGGAUGAGGAUGAAGGCGAGGAGUCUCCUGCAGCGGUGGCCCAUGAGGAGUAA